AACGGUUUAUUUACAAUAUGAUAAAAGCUACAAAAAAAAACUGUUCGCAUGUUUCGCUUAUUCAAAAGACUCUGAUAGGUGGCAGUUGAUUAAAAGGCUUAUUAAAACAUUGAACUCACUUAUUAAGUACAAAAUGGUUUGUCAAGUUUUGUCCAAAGGUUUCUUGUCUGAAAUCUUGCGUUAUUUUAAUCUUGAACAUACGAUAAUAUUGUAACGGGUAGAAUAUUAACGAUUAAAAUUAUUCUGUGUUUUAAAAUAUAAAUGAUAUAUUUAUCAUAAAUGCGACCAUGGCUUAUAAAUCAUAUUAAAGGAGCUCCACUGAGGUUUUUUGACAUGAUGGGACUGAAAUCAUUUUUUUCCAGAUAAAUGUACCAUAUGAUGUAGGUUUAGACCACUAAUUUUUGUGCAAAAUUUCAGAUAAUUCGUAUACUUAGUUUUUCCUUUUCAUUAUUCAAAUUAUAAAAAAUUACCCAAAAUGAAAAGUGUUUAAACGUUUUCAUUCAAAUCGGGCUAAGAAAAGAAUAAAAAUACGAUUUUCAAUUUAUUUCAAAGUAUAUUUCUUAAAUUUCUUUGCAUAUAUUCUGUUUAAAGUGACCCGGCUCAUUUACGUAAUAAAUUAAAAUGUUAUGUUUUUGGCUUUUAAACCUCAGUGGAGUCCCUUUAAAACUGUUUGUCAAUUUGAAUAACAUAUUGUCAUAAUUAAUUUUAUUUUAAUCUAUAAAUAAAUAGAACAUAAUUUGAUUUUAAAAGAUUUGUGAGAAUCAAAAAGAAAUUAACCAUAGAUUUUGUUUCUAAUACCAGCAAAGAUAACUUUUAGUAAGAUAAAUCUUGUUGGCAAACUGGGUUAUCUCCCGUUGAUAAAGGAUUACGGAAUGUAAAUGCAUUUAAAAAAAAGAUCUGCAUGUAUUAUAUUUGUUAACUUUGGUGUAUUUGUAGACGCACUGAUCAGUCUUAGUCAAAUAAGCUUAAUGGUAUGCAAAAUGAUAGAAAUGGUCAAUUCAAUACCUUUUUACCCACAUGUUUUACAUAGAAAAAAUAAUACUUGAUUUACAAUGUACAUGUAUAUGAAAAUGUAUAUGUUUUAAGACUUACAAAAUGGAAAAGGAAGAAAAACCGAGAUAACGUUGUACAUAAAUUUAUUUUUUAUAUAUCGACAUGUCAAUAUUUGAGGUAUUGACAAGGAUUAUAAAUAAAGCUUAUCUGAAGAUAUGUACGUAUCGACAUGAAUUGUAAUACGCAAAAGGCACACAUUUGUUAGGAACAGUGUUGGUUUGAUUGAAAUUUAAACGCAUUGUAGACAAAUUAUCACAUAUUGUUUUUUAUCAACAAAAGAAAGACUGGAUUGCAAAUCAAGAAUAAUUCAUCUCCAGUUACAAUAUUGAGCGGUGAUUUAUCAGCAAGUUCUAUAUCUACUUCAUUAUUCACAAACGUAAAGAAAUAGUACUUUGUUUUCGAUAUUGGGAACUAAAGAAAAGAAAAGAAAACAUUCAUUUCAACAAGUGAACACUUUUCUCUACAUCCUGUUUCAGGUGAGUAAGAUGGCAUUAUGCUUUAUCAGAAUGGAACAAAAGAAACUAUCAAUAUGCAUUUUCCUUUGCAUGAUGACACAUCAAGCUUAUGCCAUAUGUGACUUACAGUCGCCAUUUACUAUGAUCUUAGAAACAGCACCAAAUGGCACUGUCAUAUUUAAUAUCACCAAACCUCCGGGAACAACUCCGUCGUUUACCAUUAAAAGUCCAACACAAGGAGGUGUCGACGCCGCAUUGAUGGACAGACUUUUGUUAAUUAAUGGUAACACAACUUUUCAGCUGAUAAAUUCAAAAGUCCUAGAUCUGGAAGAAUUCAUGAUCUCGUAUGGAGCGGAUAUUAGAACUAUAGACUUAAUGGUCACAUGUGGAGGGACUACUGUUGAUGUGUUUGUAAACGUUGCCGCAGUAAAUGAAUUUCCUCCCGUUUUUAAUAACGCCCCAUACAACGUGACACUGAAUGAGUCUCUGGCUGUGGGUUCACUUGUAUUUAUCCUGAGGUCAAGGGUUACUGAUGCUGACGUCGUUGGUGCUGAAAAUUACUUUUUUGCCAUUGAGAAGUAUGAGUUUAUUGACUUUGACGGUGCAGCCUAUUUCAAUAUCCAAUCAUCAUCGAAUGGGGACAUUACUCUGUUCAAGAUGCUUGAUUUUGAUACAAUGGAGAGAAAAAAACUUUUUCUCAACCUUAGUGUAUUUGAUGAUGCUCCAUCAAGUCCUACCGCUAAGACAACUUAUACCACCUUGGAAAUACACGUAGCAGAUGUUGAUGAUCAGCCUCCAUACUUUGAAUACCCUGAUUGUCCUCCGCCUUGUCCAGCUCCGCAAUUUUUGUCUAUUAUACGACUGGCCCACAAAGGUCCUCUGCCAAUAAUACCAGUCAUACGAGGGAAUGACCUUGACAGUCUUGGGACUCCUCUAGUGUAUUCAAUUUUAGCUGGUAACCAGCAUAAUUUAUUCAUAAUGAAUCCAUUGACUGGCGCUGUGAAUCAAAAUGUAUCUUUGAACGAAGCAGGUGUCCCCGUUAUAGAAUUUCGACUUAUCAUUAAGGUAAGAAAGGACUUGCCAAGCAUAGAUCUUUUUUCGAUCGGCAUCUUGAGAAUCAAGGUAUCGGAACGGAUAACUAACACAUCCGAAGUUUCUCCACCGUCUACUAGAAACACAACAACAGAUAAAGGCUUUGACCUAACGAUACCUUUUAUUGUUGUUUGCAUUCUUUUUGUCAUUGUCUUUGUCCUUUUAAUCGUUCUGUUUAUCAAAUAUCGACGUCAGCAACCUGACAAGAAUACAAAACCUGCAGACGUCAAAACAGAAACACAAUCACAAGAGGGCGGGGAUUGUGCCGGAAACGUAUAUGAAGGAUUAAAUUUCAGUAACUAUGCUGUACUUGGGAACGUGACAGGCAAGAUUCAGGAUACCCCAGUUAGUAAUGGCGAUUUGUAAAUGCCGUUGUCCUAUCGGGAUACAGUAAAAGAAACGAGUACAAAUGAUUCUCAAACAUCUUUGAAUAUUAUGUAAAGCUGUUGUCUGGACUCUUUAAAAACAGUUAGCAAUGUAAUAUAUAGAUAACAUAGGUUUGUAGACUCAUUUUCCUGAAACAGGAAAAGAUUAGACUUACACAUGUGUAGAUCCAGGCCAACCUUCAAAUCCACAUAGGCCCUAUAUUGAUGAUGAAAAUGUCCACGUAAGAAAUUCAUCAGGAAAGAGCUUAAAGUAUUUUAGCAGUACUUAAAUGAAUUGGUCUUUAAUGGAAGGUGUGGGAUGACUUAAAUAAUUAUAUCAAUUGUAUUUCAAACAAGCCGCGAAAGAGUUAUAAAGGGAUAGGGAUGAAGUUGGCAAGUGUAUGUUACAUAAACAUUAAAAACUGUAAAAAAGGUAUUUUUGUAAUCAUUUUCAUUCAAAUGAACAUGCAGUUCUAUAAGAAAGCCACAAUGUCCCUUGAAUACAAGCAUUUAAUCGUCUAAGUAGUGGUGCGCAUUCAGAUACAUGCCUUAUACGUCAUGCAACUUUAUUUCUAAAAAAAUAUAUUGAUACAUGUAUGACUAUUAAAAUAAAGUGUAUUCAGACUCUCGUAAAAAA